AUGCUGGCCGGUGCGUCGGCGGCUGCUUCAGCGCCCUCAGCCCAAGCUGCUGAGCCGGCCUCUGCCGCUCCUGCUGUUGCGCAAGCAGCAGCGAUUCCUGGCGCUGCAGGUGCAGCUGCUCCGGCCCCUAUGGCGGCUGGAAUGCCAGCUGGUAUGCCAGUAAUGCCGGGUAUGCCGACCAUGCCAGGCAUGCCUGCUGGGUUCGAUCCAUCCACGUUUAGCCAGCAACUCCAACAGCUCCAGCAAAUGCAGGCAGCCGUCGGAGGGUCCCAUGGAUCGGAUUUGCGUCCUGCUGAGCAGGGUGGUGGCUUUUUAGCAGGUAAAAUCUUUAUUCCUGCCAAGGACGAGGGUAAGAUGUUCAUUGGCGGCCUCAACUGGGAGACCACGGACGAGAGUAUGAAAAACUAUUUCUCUCAGUUCGGUGAAGUGACAGAGUGCACUGUUAUGCGUGAUAACAAUACCGGGCGUUCUCGAGGCUUUGGGUUCUUGACGUUCAAGGACCCCAAAAUUGUCUCGGUCGUGUUGGCUAGAGAGCACUUUUUGGAUGGUAAAAUUAUUGACCCUAAGCGAGCAAUUCCUCGUGAGGAACAGGAAAAAACUGCCAAGAUCUUUGUUGGUGGUGUUGGCCCCGAUGUUACCGAAAACGACUUCCAGACUUUCUUCGAACAGUACGGCACGGUUAUUGAUGCUCAACUUAUGAUGGACAAAGAUACCGGCCGGCCCCGUGGAUUUGGGUUUGUUACUUUUGAUAGUGAAGAUGCUGUCGAGACGAUUGUUGCAGAGAAGUUUUUGGAUCUCAAAGGCAAGCCUAUCGAGGUCAAGCGUGCCGAGCCCCGUGGCCGCGAUGCCGUCCGUGAUGACGGUCGCAACGGCAGAGCCGGCUUUGCUAUGCCUCAGGCCAACAUGUACGGAUAUGGAAUGGACCCUACGAUGAUGAGCCAGUACUAUCAGCAAAUGCAAGCCUAUAUGCAGCAGAUGCAAGACAUGAUGCAGCAAGGCGGUGCAGCGAACCCCAUGAUGCAGAUGUACCAACAGAUGAUGCAAGGGCAGAUGGCCGGUGGAGCUGCCAAUGCAGCGCCUUCGAAUUCAGCCCCGAACCCUCAGAGUGCUCCAUCAGACACUCAGUCACCCUCUGCUGAGGACUACGAUGACCGCCGCCGCGACCGGAUGCACCGUAGGGGUAACGAGGAGCGCCGUCGCUCUCGCUCGCCUGGAUUGCCCAGCCGAGGUGGCCGGCGGCGUCCCGCUAACCGCGACAGGGACCGCGACCGCCAUUACAACCGUAGAUAG